GUCGUCGGUCAUCACAACCUCUUCAUGCUCGCACCGAAUCAUUCGAUACCCGUGACUCUCUGGUUUACGGGCCACUUCCUCCUGGAUUCCGCGCCGGAGAAGAGAGUCGACUUCCGUGCCCGACCUCUACACUUCAACACCUUGGAGCUCUUGGAUUCCCAGGGUGAGCCGCUGGACUUCCGCGCCGACACCUCCAUGG